UUUGCAUUUAUUCUCCUCAAAACACGAUUCUCUCUCCUCCAUUCAUCCGCUCUAAAUAUACAUCUCUGCUCUUCUUCCUUUGGGGUUUCCUGAGAAGCCGCCUUUCUCAGAAACUAGGGGAAAAAAUCAUUUAACAAUUGGAGAAUCCUCACAGGAAUUGAGGAUCAUGAACUGAACACUCUUAGUAGCAGAAACCGCAAAUUGAUUAUGCUUAUUAUUUGUUUAUACACGCGAACAAUUUCGCAGAGAACGAUAGGUUGUCUGGUGCAUUUAUGGUGUGGUAUAGUUGGUUGAAGUUUGGGAUUUUAUUCAGCAAUUUCUGUUGCUGAGUGUUGGAAUCUUGACAGUGAGAGUGUGACGGUUAAUCGGAAUGAGUGCAAGCCUUUAAUCGGUGGAGAGGUCACUGAAUCUCUUUCGGUUAUCACUUGCAAUGUCUCGGUGUUUUCCCUUCCCCCCGCCUGGAUAUGAGUUGGAGGGAAGAUCUGAUCAUGUGGAUUUGAUCACAGAGGAGAAACAAAAGCACGAGAAGCACAAGGAUAAGGAGGAGAAGAAGAAAAAAAAGGAAAGAAAGGAAAAGAAAGAAAAAAAGGAAAGAAAGGAGAAGGAGAGAGGUGAAGAGAAACACAAAGACAAAAAGGAUAAGAAACGAAAGCGGGAGAAACACAGAGGCAAGAAGGAUAAGAAUAAAGAUGAAGAAAAAAGUACAGGGUCAUUGGAGAACCAAAAUGAUCAGAGCCUUGUUCCAGAGAGAACUUGUGUUGAAUUGGGAAAUAGAGUUAAAAAUGACGGAGCAAUGGGCAGCGAAAUGGUUCAGAAAAUCACAAUUUUGGAGAAGUCAAAGGCCAGCUUGCUGGGUGGGGUGCAAGCGAAUGGUAAUGGCAGGUUGGUUGUUAACGAUCCGAGAGAUCACAGCAGGAUGCCUAAUGGUCAAAGUCUCCAAGUUGAUUCAAGGAGUUUGGGAAAUGGUAGGAACAGUUUUGGAGAGAACCAAAUUAAGGCUGAGGAGGGGAAAGAAAGGAACGGAUAUGGAUACAUGGUUGGCGCAGGCAGAGGGGAUGCUAGCAAGAAUGUAGAUCAAUAUCAGAAUACAAAAGCAGAUGACAAUAAACGGAAGGAGAAGAAAAUGGAGUUAACAGGGUUAAGGAAAGAUGAGGUUAAACAAGAAAAAAGUAAUGGUGCUUUUCUAGAUUUUCACUCUAACAUUCCCUCAGAUCUUGUGAAGGAGAACAAUAACUGGCAGAGAAAGCUUCCAAAACUGAAGGAGUUAAAUGGCUUCUUACAUGGUGAGAACAAAAACAGUGGAGUUCAACCCAGUGAUACGCCUAGGCAUACCAUUGUGUCUUCUCAAGCUGGAGGUGGUGUUCAUCCUUGUAAAAACACUAUUAACAUAGGGGUGGUGGGGAAAAGAGGUGUUAUCACAGAUGAGAAGGUGAAUGUCAAGCAUUCAUCCCCUCAUUCGCUGAUUGAUAAUGUAAGGAAUACUGGACCUUGCCAAAUUGCAGCAGAUAACACAAAAGCAGAGAAUGGUAGGGUUCACAUUGUCCGUAUUCAAAGAAAAAUGGAACCACACCAAACUAGCAACAGCGUUGCAAUGGAAAAGCAUAUAGCCAACAGCAGUUUUGACAGAAAAGUUCCACCCUCUCAUCCAUUAGUGGAGAAUGGAGGGAAAAUGGCCGUAAAAACGCCAGAUAUAGAUGAGUCGGGAAGAAGGGUUGAGGAGGGGAAAGAAAGGAAUGGACGUGGAUACAUGAUUGGUACAGGUGGAGGGGAUCCUAGCAAAAAUGCAUUUCAAAAUAAGAAUACGAAAGCAGAGGACAAGCCAGGGAAGAAGGAGAAGAAAAGGGAGUUAACGGGGUUUAGGAAAAACGAGAUUAAACAAGAAACAAGUAAUGGUAAUUCUCUAGACUUCCAAUCCAACAUUCCCUCAGAUCUUCUGAAGGAGAACAAUGACUGCCAUGGAAAGCUUCCGAAACAGGAGUUAAAUGGCUUCUUACAUGCGAAAGACAGUGGAGAUCGACCCAAUAAUAUGUCCAGACAUGCCAUCGUGUCACCUCAAGGUGGUCAAACUGGAAAUCGUGUCCGUCCUUGUCAAAAUACGAUUAACAUAGGGGUGGUGGAGAAGAGCAAUGUUAUAACAGAUGAGAAGGGGAAUGGCAAGCUUUCAUCCCCUCAAUCGGUGAUUGAUGAUGUAAGGAACACUGGAUCUUGCCAGAAUGGUCGGGUUCAAAUUAAUGCUCGCGUGGUUAGUAAUGGCGUUAUUUCCCCUCACAUUGUCCGUAUUCAAAGAAAGAUGGAACCAUCCCAAACUAGCAAUGGCAUUGCAAUGGCAAAGCAGAUUGCCAGCAGCAGUUUUGACAGAAAGGUUCCACCCCCUCAUCUGCUUGGGCAGAAUGGAGGAAAAAUGACCGUGCAAACGCCAGAUACAAAUGAGUCGAGGAAACACUCUGCAUCAAGAAAGGAGAAGGUCGCCAAGACCCCCACGAAGCCUCCUCAUCCAGAUAUGCAAUACUUGAGCCUGAUACUCACUGUUCCUGAAGUAGAAUGGCCACAGACUGAUGAUCAAGAAUGGCUGUUUGACCGCCAUGUUUCAGAAACAAAGCGGCCCAGAUUGGCCUCCCCGGAUAUGAAACACGUCUGGUCAGAAACCGUACAUUUGAAGUGUGCAGACGUCACCGCAUUGCCAUAUGUCAUCCCUUACUAGAUGAGAUCAAGAAGGUUGCUUCAUUUGAUCAUCUCCAAUUGGCCGAGUGAAGAGCGUCUGCUCUACACCAGGUUUUCUGCUGUGUUAACUGCUGCUGAAGUUAGGCGAAGACGGGCGUACGACGAGCGAGGAUUCGACGAGAUUUACUGUUCUGUUUGCUACAUUUACAAAGUGCAACAUCCCAAAAAUAGGCUUUGAAGGGAUUUACUAUUCUGAUUUGCUACAUUUGCAAAGUGUAACCUUCCAAACAUAGGCUUAGAAGGGAUUUACUAUUUUGAUUAUAAUAUGGAUAAUUUAGAAUUUUUGACGAUCAA